AUGAGGUGGUCCAUCUUAUCAAGCGGUUGCAGUGGCUUAGCGGAGCUUGAACACACAAAGAAAGAUAAGGCAUCGGCUGAAUUCCGACGAGAAUGGAGGUCGCCGACAAUGGUUGUGGACACCGGUGAUGGAAGGCAAGACUCUUGUGCAGAAGUUGUCGGAGGUGGAAAUUCACAGAAAAGAGAAAUUUAUAAACUAAAUAUCCAUCAACUACUUCUUUUCACGAGCAACGGAGUUACUUAUUGUUUUCAUUCUCUAUAA